AUGCCCACACUAGACUCGGAUCCCGCCAAUGGGCUUGAUAACUACGAUGUUGACGACUUUUCCGACGAUCCCUUUGCAUCACCACCACCAGAAGCCGCCAACAAGAAGCGAAAAGAGCCAGAUUCUGGCCUCGGUAUCGACGAGGAGGUUGAUGUCAAGAAGAGGGCGCGAGUCCCCAAUGUGAAACUCGACGAAGAGAGAUUACUUGGACCCAAGGGUAUUCCCAAGCUAAGGCAAAGGGCGAAGGAUCUCAAGAUCAAGGGCAAAGGCCAUGAAUUCUCUGACGCCUCUCGGCUUCUAUCCUUUUAUCAGCUAUGGCUAGACGACCUCUUCCCCAAAGCCAAAUUCCUCGACGCCCUUGCUAUGGUCGAAAAGGCCGGCCACAAGAAACGAGUCAUGAUUGCACGAAACGAUUACAUAAACGAGAGCAAGCCCAAAGACAGAACUGCAGAUGACGAGGAAGAGGAUGACUUGUUUGGUGAAAACGAUACAUCAAGACCUACGGACCAGGAGGUUACGAGACCAGCAGAGCCUGCAAGACCAAAAACACCAGAGCAAGACACAGGUGUACCAGACGAUGACGAUCUUUACGAUGCUACACCACGAGCUGCAAGACGAAGCGCAGGGCCAAUUGUCCCCAUCCGCAACGACGUUCCAGAAGAUGAUGAUUUCGAGGCUCUUAUUGCUGAAGCAGCAAGCCACGACGCAGCUCCAAAAGCGAAAACGAAACCUACACCAGCAGAGCCAGAUGAUGAUGACCUAGAUGCACUCAUGGCAGAGGCAGAAGUGCAAGAUACAGCGAAGAAACCAGAAGCAGCACGGGUUGAACCGGAUGACGAUGAUCUAGAUGCGCUGAUGGCGGAAGCUGAGAGUCAUGAUCAGACGAGCAAAGAGAAGAGUCAAGGGUCGAGAGAUAAGGAGAUAAACAAUUUUGAUGAUGAAGAGGCGGCUAUGCAAGAAAUGGAUGGGUUAUGGUAA